AUGGAAUGUCCGACGGACCUAAGUGGCGGCUGCGUCCCUAGUGGAUGGAUCUGUGAUGACUUUCAGGACUGUUUCGAUGGGAAAGACGAACAAGGGUGUGCCCAAGGUGUGCCCAAACACUGCUUCUUCACCUGCCGUAACAACGUCACCUGUCUGCCGUCACGUCAGCUGGGGGACGGACAUCAGGACUGUGCUGACGGGGAGGACGAAAGACCCAGACAUGUUGAAGACGCUCUGUGGCACAGGUGGCACACUUGCAACUACAACUGUUUGUCCGUCUACGGCAACGCGUCAUGCGUCCCUGCCGUAUUCACUUGUGACGGAGAAGCGGACUGUUUGAAGGAAGAAGACGAAGAGGGCUGUGACGUAGAAGAUACAGUGAGGCGGGGUUGUUUGACAUACUUCUGUCCCCUGCCCGGUCAGCUGGACCCGAUCUGUGUGCCAGCUCACCAGAUCUGCGACGGUUAUCCGGAUUGUGCCUCAGGGGAGGACGAGCAGGGGUGUGGCUACGCGGAAGGCGUGCCCACUCAACCCAACAUCACAGCGAGCGUCGGUCCAUCGACUGAUGGGGUGGGCCAAGAACUGACCGGGGAGCCCACACGUGGUCAAGAGACACAGGAAAGACCAACUGCAGAACCAACAG